AUGCACUCACCAAGGCACAACUCCGUCCCCGACGCCCACUCGCCCAUCGCGGCAUCCCCAUCAGCAGAGAGCGCUCCAAUUCCUGCCCCAACUUCUGAGGAGCCCGCGAGGCGCCCUUUCUGUCACCGAAGAUCAGAGAACCUCCCGACCAACAAGGUCCAGGUACACCGCCAUCUGUUCUUCGAAAAGAUUGCGACCGACAACAUUCAAGCCAUAGUGGAAAAGUGGCUGCAGGCCAAUCCUGUCGCGCAACGACAGGCCCCCAUGCCGGCCUCCCAGUGCGCCAGCGGCGCCGAACCUGCCACCAAUGGCGACUGUGCCACCGGAACUGCAGAGGAGCUGCCACAAAGCCCCAUGCAGACCGAAGCUCCUGGGCAGACACAGGGGCCUGCUGGCGUUCCCAUACCUCUCAGCUCUGAUGAGGGCCACGAGGCAACGGACUUCUCAAACUCACGGAAGAGGCUGCGAGAAGAGAGUGGGGACGAGGACGACCACGCACCACGAAAGCAAACGGCUACUACCCCCUCCGAAUCCUCUGAAGAGGAAUCACACACUUCUCAGGGCUCAGAGGAGUUGUCCGGGAGCGAGUGCAGACCCACGGUGGAUUCUGAAGUGGCCUCCACCACAGCGGACAUGACAUCAUCUGCCACAACAAGCAGCACGAACUCCGCGAGCUUGGAUGAAGGACUGCCCUUGCCAGCAACCUCUCCCCAAGGAGUAGAGAGCACCCUACCUGCCCCUGCAGCAGAAGGGACCACCGAAUCUCCCGACAACCCACCCCCUGAUGCUUCAGCUGCCAUGGAGGUGGUGGAGGAAGUACUUAUCAGUACCGCUACAGGAGACAACACCCGAAAGGAAGCCCCUUAUACGGCGAAAGACUUCCUCCUUACACCGUCAGCGGGGGCCACACCUACCAACCGCAGAAAGAAGGAAAAGAAGAAGCCGACCAAGAAGCAACUCCCGGUUACUGCAUCGGAGGGUACGGCUGCCAACCUCCCCCAACCUUUCGGCAAGGCUCCUGCUGCAGUAGACACCACAAGGAGGCACAGCAGUGCAGCGGAAAGUCCGCCAGACACAGAGGGCUUCCAGGUGGUCACUACCAGAAGUGCCCGACGCCGUGCCAGGGACCUUGCUGCUGCUGUGGCCCUCCCGGUCAACCCUGCCUUUGUGGGCACAGUUCUCUUCCGGCCAUCGGCCCCCGGAGGUACCUUCAGUGGAUCCCCACGCCUGAUCCUCGCACAGGCGCUCUCUGCAAGGCCCGGCGUAGCCGCAUUUCGCGCAAAUCAAAAGCGCAACAUUGUGGCUGCUGACGCCACCACGCGAGAGUGCCUGGAGUAG